AAUAAUUUGCCCUGAAUGCGGCUACUGGCUAGUGGCUCGGUGCACUGCCUGCCCGCAAGUAGCUAGCAAGUAGAAAGUAGCAAGAAAUCGAAAGUAGGCGGAAACACUGAGACAAGAAUUCUCUCUCUCUCUCUCUCUCACACACACACUCGCAUUCUUUCUCGCUUCCUGCCCCCGCCUAUCGGCUCUGCUCUCAUGUUGUCUCUGUUUAUUGUCUUGUUGUUUUUGGUCGUUCUUCAGGAAGUUGGAGGCCUGGUUGCGAUAGCUGGUGAUUGUCCUCUGGAUUUUAGCUGGGCAAAUUUUACCUUGGCAACUUCUGCUUGUUCAGAUCCAAAUGCGAGGGGACAAUGCUGCCGUUACAUUAAUGCCUUUGUUACAAUUUCCAUUGCACAUUAUGCUAAUGAAACGGGCAAGCUAGGGGUUCCAUCAGCAUUCUCUGAGAUUUGCCUUACUUCUGUUUCUGAGACAUUUGGUUUGCAUGGAAUUCCGCAUCGUGCUACAGUUUUCUGUGGCCUGGGCCCGAAGAUUCAAGUUUCUUAUCAGUGCAGUGGAAGAGGAACUGUGUUGGAGAUGAUGCAGUCUCCUGACUUCGGUGAUGUCAUUGUUAACUGUGAGAUGCCGCUCACAUUAGAAAAUAAUUGCAGGAGGUGUUUAAACUCUGGCAUUUUAUAUCUUCACCGUCUUUUAGGCCCAGACAAUAAUGUUGCAUUGAGUAUGUGUCGUGAUGCAGUUUUUGUUGUCCUAGUGACCCAAGGUGGCAGGGUGUCUGCUUUUGACAUGGCCAGCUGCUUUUUUGGUUUACAAAGGCUGAGAAACCUCCCGGGAUUAUCUUCUCAAGUGCCACGGCCUAAUUCUCCUCCAAGUCCGCCAUCUUUCCAAAGCACUGUUCAGAACAUAACCAAUGUAACAGACACGCCUCUCAAGAAACAUCAGCACUCAUACCUGCUAACACUAAUUCCAGCAGUUGGGGUUGUGAUUAUAACAAUAGCAGUUCUCUUACUGCUAAUUCUGUUAAUACUUAUUCACAAGAAAAGGAGGGAAUUAAAGUGUUCAGAUGACCACCUUGAGAAAUCACGGAGUUCUUCACCGAUACCAACCGUCCAUAAAUGUCAAGAUGGCCCAUCUCUCAUGUUCCAACGGUUUAGCUACAAAGAGACAAUGAAGGCAACAGAUAAUUUGAGCACCAUCAUAGGAAAAGGUGGUUUUGGAACCGUCUACAAAGCCCAGUUCAGUGAUGGGACCAUAGGUGCUGUGAAGCGGAUGAACAAAAUAUCCAAGCAAGGUGAGGUGGAGUUUUGCCGAGAAAUGGAACUUCUUGCUCGGUUGCAUCAUCGCCAUCUUGUUGCUCUCAGAGGCUUUUGCAUAGAUAGAAAUGAGAGGUUUCUCGUGUAUGAAUACAUGGAAAACGGAUGCUUGAAGGAUCAUCUUCAUGCUCCAAGGAAAGCUUCUUUAAGUUGGCCUGCUAGAUUACAAAUUGCUGUCGAUGUUGCCAAUGCAUUGGAGUACCUCCAUUUCUAUUGCAAUCCUCCUCUUUGUCACCGAGACAUAAAGUCAAGCAAUAUUCUUUUGGAUGGAAAUUUUGUGGCAAAGGUUGCAGAUUUUGGUCUUGCACAUGCUUCAAGAAAUGGAACGAUUAGUUUUGAACCAGUGAACACUGAUAUUCGUGGAACUCCUGGUUACAUGGAUCCAGAGUAUGUGAUCACUCAAGAGCUAACUGAGAAGAGUGACAUCUACAGCUACGGUGUGCUGUUACUGGAGCUUGUGACAGGGAGGAGAGCAAUACAAGAUGGCAAAAACAUCAUUGAUUGGUCUCAGAAGUUUCUGUCCUCAGAUGCCAGACUGCAUGAACUAGUGGACCCAGCCAUUGCCAUUGCAUUCGAUUUUGAGCAGCUUCAAGUAGUGAUUGAAAUCAUCCAAUGGUGCACCCGUCGAGAAGGGCGGGCAAGGCCAUCAAUCAAGCAGGUGCUGAGAAUGCUCAUGGAGUGCCUGGACCCUGUUCAAGAUGGCUAUUCUGGAGCCAUGGAACAUGCAGGAGGAAUUGAAAGAAUGGCUGGCAAAACAAGAACUCAAAGAAAUGAACUCAUAGCUCAGAGUGGCGAUGCUAGGUGUCUAAUGUCUUCUUCAAGUACGUCAAGAUCCUAUUGCAGCCGCAGCAUCUUACUGGAGACUGGAUUACCGCAAUCUCCUCCAAACACUUUCUUUGCCUGAGGUAUUGGUUUUGGUUUGGUUUUGCGUCAUCACUUUUAUUUAUUUCCUAUUCAGACUUUGAUUUUUGUUAAAAGUUUUGUCCUUCUUAAGAGUUCCAAUAUUUCUAUUGUACAGACACAUAAGUUAUAUCUAUAGGAAAAUUUAAGGCAAGUUUUGGUGAAGUUCAAGGCAAUUUUGUUUGAAUUAAUGAAUAGUGUAUUAUUUGGAAUGAUUUUGAACUGUUUUGCUGAGGAUCUAUUUGUAUAACUUUGAGAUC